AUGGCUGUGUGGGAACACUUAGCGGUCUCAAAGUCGCAUGUCGCAUACGCCUGCGUAGGCGUCUUUUCGGCGAUUUUCUCGCUGGCGUCGCUGUUUGCGAAGGAAAAACUGUACAUCGGAGAAUCUACUGUGGCUGUCAUUUUUGGGCUCAUCGUGGGUCCUCACUGCUUGAACUGGUUCAACCCACUGACGUGGGGGAACUCAGACUCGAUAACACUCGAGAUCACACGGGUUGUGCUGUGUUUACAGAUUUUUGCGGUCGCAGUUGAACUGCCUAAAAAGUACAUGCUCAAGCACUGGGCCUCGGUUGCGAUGCUGCUUUUGCCCGUUAUGACCGCAGGCUGGCUAGUUGUUGCUCUCUUUGUUUGGAUUGUGGUACCUAAUUUGAACUUUCCUGAAGCGCUUUUAAUUUCUUCGUGCGUUACAGCUACCGAUCCUAUUCUGGCUCAGUCUGUAGUGUCCGGUAAGUUUGCGCAACGUGUUCCAGGCCAUUUGAGAAACCUUUUGUCAGCUGAAAGUGGCUGCAAUGACGGUAUGGCCUUUCCUUUCAUCUACCUUUCUUUAAACUUGCUUUUCUAUCCUGGUAAUGGCAGGGAAAUUGUGAAAGACUGGUUCUGCGUAACUAUUCUGUACGAAUGCGUUUUCGGGUGCAUUUUAGGUGCGGUAAUAGGCUACACUGGCAGAAGAGCCAUUAAGUUUGCAGAAGAACGCAAGCUGAUUGAUCGUGAGUCGUUUUUGGCGUUCUACGUCUGUCUGGCUUUUAUAUGUGCCGGUUUCGGUUCCAUCCUUGGCGCAGACGACCUACUGGUCUCAUUUGCGGCGGGUACUGCUUUCGCGUGGGACGGUUGGUUCUCUAACAAAACCAAAGAAAGUGAAAUCUCCACUAUUAUCGAUUUGCUGCUAAACUUGGCUUAUUUUGUAUACUUUGGAGCCAUUAUUCCGUGGCAACAGUUCAAUGAUGCCGAACUUGGUCUUAACGCCUGGAGACUCAUCAUUUUGGGUAUUGUGGUUAUUACUUUGCGCAGAAUUCCGGCUGUACUUGCAUUCAAAACGAUGAUCCCUGAUAUCAAGUCUUGGAGAGAAGCCAUUUUUGUAGGCCAUUUUGGGCCUAUCGGCGUAGGUGCCAUUUUUGCUGCUAUAAUGGCUCGUUCAGAACUUGAAAGUCAUGCUACUGGCGAAGAAACGCCAUUGAAACAGUUACCGGAAAAGGGAACUAAGUACUGGAAAUUGAUUGCAAUUAUUUGGCCCAUUACAUGCUUCUUUAUCAUCGUCUCAAUUAUUGUGCACGGCUCAUCUGUGGCAGUUAUAACAUUAGGGCGUCAUUUGAACACGAUCACGUUGACAAAAUCUUUCACUACUCAUACAACUAAUGGGAAGGGUUCUUCUUGGAUGCAAAGAUUGCCUGCUUUGGACAAAUCUGGCCGUUCAUUUUCACUGCAAAGAAUUGACACUAAAGCAGACCCUGAUACCCUUGCUCGUCAAGAUACGGUAGAAACUAGUGGAGUUCCCGCAAAGCCAGCUGGCGGCAUGAAAAGAAAGCGCAGAAACUUGAAGAAAAGACUCAAGAGAGAUUUAUUUAAAUCGCGCGCUACUUCGUCGGGCGGAGCAUCUGAAAGCCCAGAUAGCGCUGAUCACGAAAGAAUUCAACGUGAGAGGGAAGCGCAAGCAGCUGCUUUUGCUUUAAGCUCUCAACUGCGUCCUCACGAAAGCGAUGCUUACGAUGAAACCAACAUCGACGAAGAAGAUGACGCUGAUGCCACUUUAGAUUCCAUUGACGUGAUGAGUCCUGCGGAAGCCUCUGAUGCGAUAAAUCGUCUAGAUGCCAUAUCUGGUCAUUGUACUGACCCUGAAGCCGAACACUUGGAUGAUGACUUGAACAAAACGCAGCAUUCUCAAUCUCAGUCUCAAUUCUCAGAGGAUCAAGUAGCUCUGCCGGGUGCUACUACUACUUCGUCAUCUAACUUCGAUGAAGAAAAGUUCGAAAAGGAGUCUCAGGCUGGAUCUGUUGACAGUUAUUCCAAGGAUCUAGAAAAGCUAAAGAGGGAAAUGGAACAAAAGGUGGAGGAAGAAGAAGGUACUGUUGCAUACGCUGAAGGAAACAGAAUUAUUGUCGAAAACAGUCAAGGUGAAAUCAUAGAUCAAGCAGAGCUCAAUCGCGGCCCAAGAGAUGAGGAGGAAGGCUCUGGUCAUAAGCUGAGUAGAAGCUCCAGUCGAGGCGGUUCCAAAAUGAGUGCUUUGAAACGUGUCAUUACCCCACCACCACUGAGAAGACAAACUCUUAUCGAUGAACAAGCCAACAAGAGGUACUUUGCAUACAGAAUCGACGGCCAACUAAUCAUCGAAAAUGAUGACGGGGACGUGCUCCGAAGAUAUAAGAUAAAUCCACAUGAAACGAUAGGCUCACAGACCAGUGGUAAGCAAAAGGGACCUGGAAUGGUCGCCAAGGCCUUAUCAGCCGUGGGUCUGUCUAAAAGUACAUCCGCAUCGUCUUCACACCCUGGCAAGGAUCAAUUGCCAGACCCAGCUGCUAAAAUUAGAGGUCGCCGUUUGACGCCUGUACCAACCACAGGGGCGUUGGCGGAAGCACCAACGGACGAAAAUGAGUUCAACAGCAAUGAGUACGAAGAUGAUGAAGAAUAUGACAGCGAUGGAGUCCCAGAUUCGGAGGGUGAUGACUACGAAGAUGGGUCCGAAGCCGCGAUUGGAUCGGACGCUGAGUCGUCGGGUAGCGAGGAGUUUAGCGACGAAGAACCCGAGACUGCGAUUGAAAGAAGCCGACGGUUAACAGCUCUCGGUCAUGUCGCGGCUCCGAGACGCGAUGACGAUGAAGAGGAGUCAAUCGAUGCAGCUGCCAUAGCUCCUGUGAGGGAGCGCGAUGCUUCCUCAAACAAGGUAAAAUCUGCUUUGGGGCGUACAUUUCGCAAGCAGUAG